UUCUCUGGAAUUUCUCGCUGGGUGUAACUUUUGCCCUCAGACCGGUAGUUGAGUCUCACGUCGGGGCCUCGGGAAGCGGUGACUGGGUGAGGAAUGAACGCGACUUCUCGCGCGACCGGCGUUACCUCUGAAAAAUAAGCGUGUCGUUUAAGCGGCCGGCGACCCAAAAGCAGGCGUUUCGCCUCGCCGCCCGGGAAUAAUGCUCGCGGAGGGCAUGAAAGUGCCAGAGUUCGCGGGAAGCUAACAGGCUACACAGCCACACCCUCCCCGCCGCUUCCUGAUACGCAAGAUGUAGCGGGAGACUACAACCGACGCGCGAGAGUCUCAGCAGCGACCGGAGUUCGUUACCAAAACCGCGUUCAACGUCAAGAGAAUGGCAAGCAAAAGCGAAACCGUCCGCCACCGGACACCCGACGCUUUCCCGCUGGAGAGGGCGUGCGGACAAUAGAUAUGCAUAAGGAACCGAGUUUGCCCACAGAACUUGGAUCGUGUGCGAAAAAGAAACGGCUGAAAGUCGUUCGGGGACGUUUUAUGAAUCGCCGAGGCGUCCUGGGAUGAUGGAGCAGCGGCGGCGGGGCGCCCGCGCGUCUCCCGCUUCGGGUCAAUAUAUCAUCAGAAGCAGCAGAAGCGUCGCAUUCGCGGCAGGACACGCGUUCAAAUGCAUGUAAUAACGCGCGCGAGGCGAUGAAAACCUGAAACGACCGAUUCCACACAGCAAAAGUAGCGAUUCUGGAAGUCAACCUGCACUUUGCCCCCUCGCCCGGGCAUCUUCUCGUACACAGCACUGCAGAAAAGAGUGUGUGUGUGUGCUUUUUGGUUUCUUCGCAUUGCUGGAGCGACAUUGACAACCUGUGAAACUGAUCAGACUGUAGCCUACCUUAUCCGAGGUAGUUGUGAAUUCUAUUCUGUGUUCGUUUUUCUCAUCAUGCACACCUAAAAUCCGAUUAUUUAAACGCUGGGCGAUUCAUUUGAAGGGAUAUUUAAUUACAGCUCUCAUCAGUCGGCCGCGUUGCAAAUCCAGAUAUUUUUCUAAAGUACUUCUCUUAUUGGUGCAUCGAGUGAAGUUUCAUGUUAUUUAGAGUUUUCGACUUUUUUCUGAAGGACGUUAUUGGCCAGUUUCGCUCUCUCUGAGAAGGUGUGGGAACUUUAUCGUUUUUUUUUUUUUUGUACUGAAGAAAAUGACAUAAAUCGCAUGUUCGCGCAGGAGAACGUACGUCGCGAUCUUUAUUUUGAACAUUAGCGCGACCACACUACUAUGGCUAGUAGUGGCUCGGGAAAAUCAGAUAGCGAGGUUUCCACCAGCAUCCUUAGCGGAAGCUUGCAACAAAGGAAGAGACUUUCAUCCGUCUGCGACGCAUGCAAGAGCAAAAUGCAGCUGGUGGCGGAGCUGCUCCUGUUGUCCAGCGAGACCAGGCCGGUGGUGAACGCCGACGGGAUGCCCGUGGCGGAGACGUUCGAGAAAUGCCGCGACACGGUGAUCGCGCGAACCAAGGAGCUAUCGAUCAUCGUUCACGAUAUCCAGAGCCAGCUCAACAUGGGGAAGUUCGUGGAGGUCGGCGACCGACUGGGCGAGAUGGGCGACUUGGUGGUCUCUCUGACCGAGUAUUCGGCGCACGCCGCUUACCUGGCGGCGGUGGAGAUCCCGGGUUCCCAAGCUGCCGUUUCCGGUCUGGUUGACCGCUACAAAGUCACCCGAUGCCGACACGAAGUGGAGCAAACGUGCAACGUCCUCCGCCUGACGGCUCUGGCCGACCUGACUCCGCAGCUCCUUCUGGAAGUCUCGCAGAACAUCCUGAAGAACCUCACCGCGCUUACGGACGCCUCCUCUCUGGCCAGUGAUAAAUCCAAGGACAGGUUUGCCAGGGAGCAGUUCAAAGCCGGCGUCAAGUGCAUGAGCACGAGCGCCACGGCUCUUUUGGCGUGCGUGCGCGAGCUGAAGGCCUGCCCGAGCGACCUGACCCGGAACCGCUGCGUGCUUUUCAGCGGGCCGCUCGUGCAGGCCGUGCACGCCUUGGUGGGCUUCGCCACCGAGCCGCAGUUCCUCGGCAAAGCCGCCGCCAUCCCCCCCGAGGGCAAAGGGGUGCAGACGGCUGUUCUGGGCGGCGCCAUGAGCGUGGUUUCGGCCUGCGUGCUCCUGACCCAGGGCCUCAAGGAUAUUUCGCAGCAUCCCGAGAACAGCUCCCAGAUGCCCCUCUAUCGGGAUCGGCUGAGAAACUCUGCAUGCGCCGUCUCGGACGGCUGCACACUCCUGUCUCAGGCACUAAGGGAACGAUCCUCACCUAGAACUUUACCGCCAGUUAACUCUCAUUCUGUGAAUUAAAACUCCUCCCCGGCACGUUGUUUUGAAGUACCAAAGAAUUUAAUCAGGUUCAACCCCGCAUGCGUUCUUAAAAAUAAAGGUUUGAUAAGACUGAUGAUACACGGGGGAAUUCUUUUGGGCAGCGUUGAUGUCUUUGGGAAGCCAGGUG